GGUUUUUUGCCUCGCCCGCCAAUGUGGGGCCGGAUGCCAUGGCCACGCUGACCAGCAAUGACGAGCAGGUGGUUUGCGGUGGAGAUGCAACCGCAGAGGAUCUAGCGGAUGUGGAGGAAGGAAACGACUAUGUCGUCGCCAACAAGCGUGAAUUCUUCCAUGAGAUCGACGAGGUGCGUGAGGCGCUGAAAAAGGUGGUGGCCCCUGAGCUGCCAAGUGCCGCCUGCAGAGAGCUCUGCGAGCGCAUCGGGCAGAUCUGGGGCCAGUACCAGGAGCAGCCAGCUCUCCUGGACCCCUUCCUCGAAGAGAUGGUGGAGCCCCUCAUGGGCGCCAUCGCCUCGGCAGUGCGUCAGAAGCCCAAAGCGGCGGAGGAAGCGCUGCCAAAUCUGCACCUGCUGAGCUCUCUCCUGUACCUGCUCACCACUGUCAGAGGCUACAAGACGGUGACGCGGCUCUUCUCCCACGAGGCCGCGGAUCUGGAGCCCUGCCUGGAGGCCGCGGAGCGGGAGACCGCCUUGGGCCUCAAGGAGACCUGGUCCACGCUGUACUGCCUCAGCUUGUGGCUGGGCAUGGUCCUGCUGACGCCCUUCGACCUCGCGAGCAUCGACUCCGCGGGCGGGGGCGCCCUGCAGCGCCGGGUGCAGCAGCUGGCGCUGGCAAACCUUCGGGCCACCUCGCGGGUGAGGGACGCCGCGGCGUGGCUGCUGGCCAAGUUCCAGGUGCGCCCGGACGUGCAGAAGGUUGCCCUGCGAAGCUUCCUGGACUGGACCAAAGAGGCGUGGG